UAUUUAUGCUUUGAUUCUUAAAACUAAUUGAAUCUUCAGUUUUGUUGAUGAGAAAUUACUCUGCAAUUUUGUUUGAACUAAAUAUGUUCAGGUUUUUAUUGCAAUUGAUGUACAUAGAUAAAAGUAUAUACUGGAAGUAGCAUGAAAUGUACAUCCUUAUUUAACAUUGUGUCUAGUACCUUCCAAUGAAUAAAUCACUUUGGAUCAAUUGUUUACAUAUUCCAAAUAGUGCUUUACAUUUCCAGCCAAGUUUAAUUUUUUGAAGAUACACUGACACCAUCUACUGGUUGCUCACAAAAUAACUUCUGUUUUGAUUGUCAUUUUUUAGUGGCUUAAUAGGCCUUGAAAUACCAGGAUUGGCAUAAAGGCAAGUUAGGCCAAAAUUUACGCAAGUCUCUACACUAAUCUUACAGACGCUUGCAGUACAAUUUCCAGAGAAUGUUAUUAGCAUUAUACUGGAGCACAUAAGCUGAUAUAGCAAGAAGCUCAGAAGAGGUGUAAGUAAUUACUACCCUUGGAAGCGAGCAAUACCAAAAAAGUCAAAAUAGACUAACAACCAACAUUGAGGCAUGGCAAUUAUGGUGAGUCGCCAGUAAUUUCCUUUUGCCAAACAAUAUUUGAUAUAAAUUGCUAUAAAGGUUGUUUCCUUUCUCUCAAUUUUGUUUCCUUUUUUCCAGGGGCCUACAGUGAAAAGAGGUAGCAGCACUGCUGCUUGGCAGGAGUGUUGCAGUCUUUGGCGAAAAUCAAGCUGUAGAAAGAUGAGUUGAGUGAUGGCAAGGAUGCAGUCUCCUUAAAAGUUAGCCAGAGUGCCUGAAAGAGGCCUUGCUUGCUCUUUGUAGAAAUCUUUGAGUCUGCACAUAUCCUAAAUGAUGACGCAAGAAGUUAAGCAACCUGAUCAAGGCUGAUAAGUUUCAAAAUAAUAAAAAAGGAAAAGGGCCUGAAGCAAAAGUUUGGGCACCCUUCAUGGGCCAGCAAAGCCAAGUUACCUUGUCCUGGAAGGAAAGAAUUAUAAGGAAGACAGGACGAGGAUGAUCACCUCCAAGCAAAAUAGUUAAAAAGGACUGUCUUCUUGUCCUUAUCACCAUGUAAAUUCUAAUGUAGCAGGAAAGUGUGCAUCCCCUUGCGCAUAGGAGUAGCUUUUUGUUUUUGUUGUUUCUUGGUGUUCCAGCAGUCCUACCCCAACCUACUAUGCUCUUUUGUGUUUGGCAGAUCCAGGCCUGGUGCAGCUGUAAUGAUGAAGCCUAGUAAGUAACCUGGUCGACUGUCAAUUCAGAGGCCAGGAAAUGGUUGAAUGGAGUUUGGGGUAAUAAUUGCCUCUUCUCCAAGGCAACUCAAGGAAAGGGGGGGGCAGUGGGUGGGUUGCUAGUCAGAUUUAACAUGUUUGCAUUUGGAAAGGUAAAUGCUCCAGGAACUUUCCAAGUAAAUGAACAACUUAGGCAAUAUCAACAAUUAUUUGGAACCAUUUAUAACGUGGCACAGAGCAUUUUUGUGAAUUAUAACCAUUUCAUCAAGCCAUCUAUGAUAUCCUUGACCAUAGCAUUUGAGCAGUUAGUGAUUCAUUGGAGGGCAUGGAAAAUUGUGGCAUUGGCAAGUCAGCUGCCAAUCACAGCUGCACAUCCACUGUCAAUGGGGCAUCGCUUGCUGCCUUCCACAUUUCCCAAACCAACCCCAGAGCCAAAAUAAAACAGACUGAGGUUGCUUCAGAAGUACAGUCAUCAUCUGCUGCAUUCCAGGUGUCAGUUGCUAUACCCUGAAUGGCAGCUCAGCCUAAUAUCCCUAUUUUGGAUUAUUAAGUUCUUGGUCAUCCUAUCUGGCUCCAUAUUCUUGAUUUUAAAAAACGGGCAAAAUAUUGUUAGAAAAAUACUAUCUUGAUGCUACGCAAAAGUUCAAGGAUUAGUGACAAUGUGCACUUGCUUGAGAGCCUUUACUGCUGUAUAUAUUUUGCGGCUGCAGUGUGGUAUGACAUAGGUGUUACUAGUUUAUGAUUUUCUCUGUUUAGUUGCUCUUGUCAUUUAACUGUUACUGUGAAUUGUUAUAAUGUUACCUAAAUUGAAUUAUUGCCGCUGAUUGUUUACAUUUUUUAAGAAUGAAUAAACAUUGAAUUGUGCACUUAAUGUUGCAGUAAUUUUUUAGUUUGAUAUUUAAUCAAUAGUAAUGUUACUGCUAGCCUUUUGACACAGCCACAGCUGUGAGGAUCACAUUGAAGUGUUGUGUAUAUGCUACAACGAUAGAACACAUCACUAUUUUCAGCUCGACCAUUCACUUGUUGAGGCUUAAAGCAUACCUGAAUUGUUUCUUGCAUUGCUUGAUCUUGUCUUUAUGGCUACCUUCACAGAGGGAAAAGUCCAGAGAACAAUUUUAAGUUGCUGAUAGAAGUGCCCUGAAGUUGCAGCAAUUAGCACUGAAUACCUCAACUAGGAACAGUUAUCUGCCUUUCCUGGUGGUGUUGAUUCCAUGGAAAUGGGUCACACGUGUCAGACCUUCCUCAGAACUGUGAUCGCAACAUUCCUUUAGUUGCUCAGGAAAUAAUGAAAAGAAUGAUUCGUCAGUUUGCAAUUGAAUAUAUAUCCAGAAGUAAUCGUGUUCAUGGAACUCAGACUGGAUCAGCCGAUGAAUCUGUUUCGGUCCCAAAUGACCCUCCUGCCAACCAAACCCAGAACUCCUUUCAUCAGGAGCAGGAGGGACCAUUAGACCUCACUGUGAAUAAAAAUCAACAGAAAUGUUUUCAACAAGCAGAUGGAGUGCUUGAUCUGUCAACAAAGAAGAAUAGUACAAAUUCCACACUAUCAACUGGAUCUUGUCUUACAUCAACCACUACCAAAUUAUCAGGUAAUGGCUUAGAAGCUGAUAAAGGAAGAACAUUUGACUCUACCAACAAAGCUGGUUGCAUAAGCUACAGAGUAACGACAUUGAAUGAAAUUUUAUCUACAUUGUGCCAUAUUCAUCAGAAACUUCUUAUAACAAUGCUGAAGUGUCUAAAACAAGAAAGAGGUGCUUUCAAUGUACGAUCCAGAGAACAAAGAUGCCCAGAACGUCAACAUUCCUUAUUUAAUUUCAGUGAAACUAAACCAAAUGAGGAGUCAUGUAAUUGUAAUAGAUUGAAAUGGUAUGAAAAUUGGUCGGUUCCUCUUCCAUGGGUUCCUCGCCAUAGUUGUAUGAAAGACUCGCAUUGUUCAUCAUGCAAAAAAGGCAUUACAAUAAUAAAUAAUGGAGUUUGCAAAGAAUGUAGCAAAAUCAACAAAUACCAAGUUUGCACUGGGACAUUUAAACAUUUUACUGAAAGCUUUUUGGGCAGAGAAGUUGUUCAAGAUUGCAGCGAACUUCCAAUUGAAGGGGCUUCCAACACAACAGCAACAGAAUCUCCGGUCCCCACAUACGGAGUCAAAGAUUACAGUAGACCACGAAGUCCUUCUCCUCCACCUUUAUCACCAGUUGAAACGGAUGGUUUUGAAAUUGAUAGAAUCAACAAACCCAUUUCUACCUUAGAUGCCAAUAAUGUUGAAUUUAUCAUCACACAGCCUCCUUCUCUUUCACCAGAAGAGGAAGAAUGUUGUAACUCUGGGGUCUCAAAUCAAACUCAGACCAGACCAAAGUCAGCAGAUGAACUCCAACCAGGAAUGUAUGAAUUUGAAGUAGUCAGAAGUGAAAUUAGUAGGUCAUCAGAAUCCUUGAAUGACUUAGAAAAAGGUGAACAUUCUGCCUCAUUUCAGGAGGUGAUGGAGCGGAUAAAUGAAAGAUUGAAAUCAAUUGAAACAUCAGAUAAAGGCCAACUUUUGGCAAACCUUUCUAAUGCUGAUCCUUGUAAUAAUAAUGAUAGUCUUAAAUUGAGAGAAAUCACAUCAUCUUUAUCACACAAAGCAAAACUCGGUGAUAUUAGCUUAAUGGAAUUACUUAAGCAACAUGAGAAAAACCGAAUUAUUCAAACUCGUUUGCGGAAGCGGCAAGAAACUUUAAAUGCUCUGCAUAAUUCUCCCGAUUCACCAUCAUCUCGACGGCAGACGGUUCAAAUAAAAAGAGACCUUGCAAAUCUUGAUCAACUAUUUUUUAAGAAGGAAUCAGCACCUGAAAAAUUUGGAAGGAAGUCAGCAAGGAGCAGUAAUAAAGAUAAAAGUUCACCAGAAAAAGAAUCUACAUUUACAGAGCAUUAUACUCAAGAAAGUUCACCGGAAGAAGAAUCUUUACUAUUCAAUAAAGAUUUGCAGAAUGUUGAUAACAUUACUCUGCAUCCUGGUAAUUUGCCUGACCAAUGUGAACAUGAAUUUAGUGACAUAACACCAUCUUUAAAAUUUGUUGUAAAUGAAACCAGAGUUGUGACAGAGUGUGCCAGUUCAAAAGAAAGUUUAAACUCCGAUCUGUUGUACAUUCCUGAGCUGGAUGAAAUGAGAAUGGGGAUUUCAAGGGAGAAUACUAAGAAACCUGGUUAUGGUUUUCAGGAGUUUCCUAUGGAUUAUAGAUCUAAUAUUGGAAGGGCCAAACGAAAAAUUUUGCCUCCAGAAAGAUAUUCUAUAUAUAUUACUGAGCCAAGAAAAAUGUUCUAUGCUGCCUGUUUUCCUGAAAAUUUCCAACGAAAAUCCAUUAAGGCAAAAAAAUCUGGCAUGGAUUAUGAGAGUAGUGCUUGUGAAAUGCCUGAUGUUGCCAAUUCCAUGAAGAUAAGGCUCCAUAGUGAAGAGCAAGAGAAUGUAUGUGAAGUUCCUGAAGAUUUAGAAGCAAGUUCUACUCAGUUGAUGCUACUGAAGGGCAAAGAUAGUAACAGUAAAAGAACCAAUGAUUUAUUAGAUAUGGAAGAACGUACAAGCAAGCAUAAUUCUCCUGACAUAAUACAUGAUGCAUCACAAAAACCAGAUGAACUUGUGGAUCAAUACAAUAAUAGGAAGGAAAUAACACCCACAGUGUUAAAUGUUGAUUCAUUGAAUCCUGCUUCUUCCGUGGAUCAUCAUGACUCUGAUGUUUGUAACAAUAGUAACUCAAAACUUGUUGCCAAAUUGGAAACAUUGGAGAAUACAGUAAAUAAUUUAUUUUCUAGUAGCCCUGAUUCUGGUGCCAUAUUUGACUCCAAUUUGUUCUUGCCCAGUGGCUGCCAGAGCAUAAAUCCGCCAUUGCAGCAAAAGUGUCUACGUCAUGCAAUUUGUGAUACCUUGAUUCAUAAGAAUACUGAUCCUUUAAACAGAAUAGAAAUGAAUAAGAGUUGUUCCCUUUAUUACAACAGCCCUAUAAAGCUUAUGUUUCUUUCUGAGAUAAACAGCGAUAAAGGAGUUAAAUAUGCUCUGACGUCUGUGUCCUCUUCAAAGCUUAACAUCAACAAUCAUCUUUCAAGAGUUCACCCUGAAGAAAUUCAUCUUAAAGAGCCAGAGGCAGGCAAAUCAUCUGGUUGCGAGAAUGAUAAUACAAUAGAGUCUUUCCAAAAUCCUGCCUGUGAAAGUGAUAAAACAGCUGAAUAUAUCCAAAAUCAGUCUGCUUCUGAAAGUGUUGAUACAGUGGAAUGUUACCAAAAUUUAUCUAAUGCAGCAGACUGCUUGGACAGUUGUUCGGAAAAUUGUUUAAAAGCCUGUGAGGAUGUAAGUUGCAAUCUGGAUUCAUUCAGCUGUAAUGGUUCUCCUUGUUCAAACACGCAGACGGUAGAAAUAACAUUGGCUUCAAAGGAAGUGGCUGAGUCCAUUCUAAAAAGAAGACCUGGUCGACCCAAAAAAUUAGGCCCACCAGUGGAAAAGCAGGUUAAAAGGCCCAAGGGCAGACCACCAAAACCGAAAGUAGAAUUAUCGGAAGCUAUUGAGUAUGUGGCUGAAGAUGCACAUACUGAAAAAGUCAAUCCCCCUUCCACAGAUGAGAGUCGUAAUAUUAAAAUUACUGUUGUUUAUGGAAGAUCGAGAAGGUUCAAAAGGCUUGUAUCUGAGAACGAUAAGAAGUUAACAAACAAUCACCUCAGAAAUGCUAACGAGAGUAAUUUGAAACAGAAUUGUGAAAACCAAAUAGUGCAAUGCAAUGAAAGUGUGCAGAAUUCCACUGCAGAGGAAUUUGAUGGCAAGACUGAUAGUUCUGCAUCACCAUUGACUGAAUGUGAAUAUGGAUAUGAUUUAGUUAGGCCCAUAAAAGAUAAACCAGUUUCGCUUCAUACCACUGGCAAUGCUGUCUGUCCAAGUAGCAAGCCUCCAACUAAAACUUGCAAAAGUGGACAGCGAAAACCUGGACGCCCUGCUAAAGUGAAGAUUUCGGGUAUAUCUGUGACUGUUAAUGCUGUAUCACCACGAGAAAGAAAAGUCUGUAUUAAUAGUAUAUUACCUCCGUUAGAACAGGAGUCCCCACCUUCAUAUAAACAAUACGAAGAUACAAUUAUCAAAAGUUGUAUUGGGACGACUUCCAGCAUUCAAAGUAAUUGUGGAAUAAGAUCAGAGGAAAAUCUUGUUGAAAAGGAAGUAAAACAUAAUCUCCCCCUGAGGCAUUCGGUUAGAAUUAGAAAGCCAGCUCUGUACUACUUGCAUUCCUUUGCAAACUCCAGUUCAUUCUCUCAAAGCAGUGCCCUAGUACGUAAAUCUAGAAAGCUGCUUUUAAACAAAGCAGGAAAUAAACUUGCUAAAAGCAGAAAGUUGGGUCAUAAAACAGCAGCUGAAAAUACCUGCUCAAAUGUUACAUUGGAAAGUAAAAAGGAGGAAACAAAAAAUGAAGUAGCUGAAAUUGAUUCUGAUUUUGAAAUGUCAACAGAUCCUGUUUUCAUAUCAGGCACUUCACUCAGGUGGUGGCACAGCUCCACUUCAGAACAAACUCUGCAGGAAGAACUUGAGCUGCGAUUUAGACAAAUCAAUAGUGGCUGGCGCCCUGUUGAUGCCACAGAAUUGAUGAUUUCUUCUGACAAAAGAAAAUACCCAAUUCACUUCAAAGGUGUCACUAAAUCAGUGAUGAUUGCAGAUAAUAAGAAUCAGGUUCAAAUUUCCCCCAUCCAAAUGUUGUUUCAGGGACAUUGUAAUAUGGAUAAAAUUCGUGCAUGGUUUAUGCAAACAACAGAAACUCAUUCUUUAGCCAUUGUAAGGAAAGAAAAUGCCCGCGAUCCCCUAGAGGUUCUCAAUGCUAAAGGAAUUAUUGCAUCAGGAAAUCUAGUUGAUUCUGCCUACAGCCCUCAUGCAGAAAGUUUGAAAAAGCACCUUAAAAAGUUUGCACUAGAAUUGCCUGUAAGGCCAAGGGGACAUUUUCAUCUGUCAAACAGAAUGUCAAAAUUUAAAGUUUAUAAACCCAAAAGGCUUCUGGUAGAACAUAACAAAAGGAUUUGUUGUAAACCACACCGCAAAAUGUUGCACAACAGAGUUCAAUGCAAGCAAUGGAAGUCUGCUUGGAAGCAUUUAAAUGAAAUUACACCAUACCAACCUGACCUAGUAAACUCAAAAAGCAAAGGCAGUCAAAAAAAAGAUUCUGAAAUAAGUGGCUUUUCAUUUGCAAAAGAAUCCAUGUUGCUGACCAAUGGAAAGGAAAAUGAAAACCAAGAUAAAACCACUCUGAACAACAAAGGUGCUGAUUUAAAGAAUUUAAAUUUGUUGAAAAACUCAGAAUGUAAAAUAACUGAUGGUACAACAAAGGAUUCAGAAAAGGAAGCAUCUGUUGUGGGUGGGCACCAAGAAAAUAUUUGCAGGAACGUGAACUGGAAACUGGCAAACUUUAAAGAAUGCAGGGUAUUUCUAAGGAAGAUUAACUCUUUGGAUCAGAGCUGUUUAAGAAAUUAUGGUGUAUGGAAGCUUUCCAAAAAUAACUCAUCUAAUAUUAAAGUAACGAAUAACCUUCAAAGAUACACUGAAGUAAAUACCAAUCCGGGUACAGAAAUAAAUAAUCCUGUUGUCAGUACUUUUGAAUCACAAAGUUUAAACUCUGUAGGUCAUAACCUACGUGAACCAAAACGAAAGAGAAAGCAUACAGAUAGGGCAAAUAAUGAGAAUGGACUAAGUUGUUCAUCAUCUAAAAAAGUUAAGUAUUUUGCAAGCAAGCAGUCAAUGAUUUGCCAAGUCAACAACAAUUUCUUUCCUUCACUGGAGACAAGCUCAGUAAACGAGAUGAGUACACAAAAGGAAAAUGCAAAAGUAGUGAAAGGUAAUGCAGGAAGAGUGAAAAUGUAUACAGACGUCAACACAGGUGCAACUUCAUUGAAGAGGAUGAGAGAAUCAGCUGUUGAACAAAGAUUGUCAUGUAAUAGAUUACAGUUCCAAAUAGGCAACUCAACUUGAUGCGGAAUUAUACCCUUAUAAUGGAUGGCUGGGAUUACACAUCAUUGCUACCAAGACAUGGCACAUCUUACUGUAAAUUUGGAAUUUUAAGAAGAAAGUUGUCUUAUCUCAUUCAGAAUUUAUUUAAUUAGUGCCUUAAUUCAGCCUAUUGAUUCAGGUUGAAUGUAUUUAGCAGUAUCUUUUUCUGUUUGCUGCUUUGUAGCCAAAACCUGAAGCUGUCUGAACAAUGUUGUAGAUAUUGAAGUUGCACUAAUUCUCUUUAUUCAAAAAAAAAAUCUCAUGCUUAUUGCCUCGCAAGAGCCCAUUAGAGUUAUCUACAAAUUAAUGUUCCUUUAGGUUACUGCUAGGUCUCAUACAUGUAUAUAACUAUAGCAAUAACUGAUUAAUUAUUCAUUCUUUUUAAGCUUUUCUGUUCAGAAGUCAAGUUUCACCAAAUCAUAUAGACUGUAAAUCAUAAUCCAUUAAAAGUUUGUAUUACUUGUUUUGAAAGGGAAAUUAUGGAAUAUGAUUUAUCUUCACUGUCCCAUGUUUUUGGAAAGUAAGGCUCUUCAAUUAUUGUACUCCAUUUACAUCACACUUUACUAAUUUUCUGUGUAUAUUGUGUUGUAAUUUUUUUUAUAAUUUGUAUCAAUAUAGCUAAAUAAGUUCUCAAAGUUUUAAAUAGUUUAAAUGGUUCUUUUAUGGAAACAGCUUUAUUGCAGGAUUAAAACUACCUCAAAAUGUCGAGCAUAUUCUGACCUUUUCUUUAUGGGGAAAUGGGAUUUAUAGAUAUAAUAUAUGUAGACACUGGUAUCUGCUUCAUUUGAUUGUAAAUAUCAACAGCAAUAAAUUGGUUGCAGGCCUAAAAAAAACUGGUCGUUGUAAAACAAGGCCCAGGUAUACAAUCUUGUAUCAGUACUCUCAUUUAGUGACAUUUCACUCAGGGAAAAUCAAACAUGUGCUUUGGUUUCCAGAUUAUUUAGUCUGAUAGAAGCACCCUGUGAUAAAAUGUUACUACGUUGAAUGUGAUAACCGAUAGAACAAAAUCUGUCUGCAGGGUCAUUUCUUUAAAGAUUUACAGCAAAGGGCAGUUCAUCUGCUUACUGCCUUAUACGCUGUUAAUUUUCAUCCUAAUUUGCUGUACAGUAAUGUUCACUUUUUCUUGAAUGAGAUAUUUUUUAGCUUGUUGAUAAAAUAAAAAUGCCUUUCAUGAUUUCUUUACUGUUUAUUAUUCUUUAUAAAUCUCAUACAUUCUUCAGUGAAACUGAAUUAUGGCUUUCUAUUUUUAUCUGGAUCACAUCACUUAGUCAUUCCCCAAGCUUAAGAUGGUAUUUAUAAGUUGUUUCAUUUAUGCAUUAUGAUUAAUAAUACAAAGGAUAACUGCCCCCCCCCCCAAAAGCUAGUAAUAUUGUCAGCCGAUAAUCCAUCAGUUAUUUGGAUUCUUAACAUAGAUCAGAUUUCCUCCGACCUCAGUGUAAAAUAUUCUGACUACAGCAAAAAUAUGCAUUUCUAUGUAUUCUUAAAUCCUUAAUAAUAAAGAUGCAGUUUCCCCUUUUCAAUUACCUGUAUGAAAGGUGGCAUCUCCAUUGGGACUUCCUGUCAGUGACUUUUGAUUAUCUCUGUGAAAGUCAAAACCCACCAUCUUUAAUUGCAACAAUGUUCUUUUUCUCUCUAAUUGUUUAACUACCCACCCUAAAUGAAAGCAAGUGAAGCUCAGUAAUCUUGAGUUAUAAAUGUUGACUUUUCUAAAAUCUAUGUGUCUUAAUAAAUCAAUGGUCUAAAGUUGUUCACAACUCUCAAUAUAAUCUCACUAGCAUUUUCAACUAUAGUCAUUAGCCCUCUUUUUUGAUAUCUUCAUCUAUCUGUCUACUUGUGAAAGAUGUUAACAUUACAUUUGUCUUCCUGUUUUUUUUGCUGCAAAGACUACAUGAAAGAUGAUCUUAGAAGAAAUCAUAUAUCUGCCCAGAAAAUCUGACAGGCCACCUCCCCUUUAUUUCUGAAGGAAUGAUUAUUGCACCAAAGUUUAUUGGUCCACUAUAUGUAACAAUAUGCUAAUCACUCACUAUUUUUCUUAUACUACCUUUUACCACACCAGUAAAUGCUGGUUGUCUAACUUUUAAUUGCUUUUUCAGUAAAAAUCUUAGAACAACAUCACCUUCUACAAAAUAUCUUGAUUCUGAACAUGUGUUCACUGUGAAGUGCAAUAUUGGAUUUCACUUUCUAUGAACUAAUGAGCACUUAAUAGAUUAUGAAAGAUGACAUUCAUACAGCAGAAUCAUGCAGCAUUCAAUUUUUCUCCAUUGCCCAAUUAAACAUCCAUUACUGACUAGUCAUUGUUCCUUUUAAUUUAAUAUUCAUUAAUCGAAGCAUCCAUAUGUCAUCAGUUUGGUCUUUCAUGUUUAUAGUAAACAGCUUCCAGAGGAUCUCAGCAAGUACUUAAUUUCAUCACCAAUAUUGGACUCCUGUUAUAGUAUAAUUCAGGUUCUUCUACUUGAGCCAAUUCUCCAUAUUUAAGUCUUUAUUCUGAGUGAUAAAGGACAAUUACACUAAAGGGAAGAUACUGGAGGCAGCUGAAUUAUUUCAUAACCUAAGAACCCAAGGUCACUGGAGAACAAUUAAAGAGUCACAGAAAACUACAUCACAGGAUCAGGCCAUUUGGUUUAUGUAGUCCAUGCCAAGCUGUUACUCUGCCUAGACCUGACCUGCUCCUAGACCAUUGCCCUCCAUACCCCUCCCAUCCAUGUAAUUAUCCAAAUUUAUCUUAAAUUUAACCCACAUCCAACUCCUCUGCUGGCAGCUCAUUCCACACUUUCCGCACCAACUGAGUGAAGAAGUUCUCCUUAAAUAUUUCACCUUUAACCUAUGACCUACAUCUAGUCUCACCAACCUCAGUGGAAAAAGGCUGCUUGCAUUUACCAUGUCUAUACUCUUCAUAAUUUUGUAUAUCUCUAUCCAAUCCCCCCUCAUUCUCGUACACUCCAUGGAAUAAAAUCCUAACCUAUUCAACCUUUCCCUAUAACUCAAGUCCCCGAGUACCAGCAACAUGCUUGUAAAUUUUCUUUGUACUCCUUCAAUCUUAUUGAUAUCUUUCUUGUAGGUAGAGUACCAGAACGGCAUACAAUACAAUACAAUUAGGCAUCACCAAUGUCUUUUACAACUUCAAUAUAAUAUCCCAACUCCUGUAUUCAGUAUUUCUAUGUAUGAAGGCCAAUGUACCAAAAGCUCUCUUUGUGACCCUAUCUACCUGUAAUGCCACUUUCAAGGCACUAUGGAUCUGUACUCACAGAUCCAUAUUUUCACCACACUCCCCUACUGUCCACUGUGUAAGUGCUCACCUGGUUUCAUCUCCCAAGGUGUGUAUGUCUUAACUUGAAUAAGGAGAUCAAAGCCCUGUAACAAUCUAUCUAUACAGCUGUAGCAAUAUUUUUCUAGCUGUGUACUCCACCCUCUUUCAAAAGAAGUCAACAUUGCUUUUGUCUUCAUAAUUGCUUGCUGGAAAGACUACAGAAAGAUGAUCUUACAAUAGAUCUGCAGGACAUUAGAAAUUUUGUAUGAAUUAAGAAUUGAGGCUUCUUUGCUAUCAAUAAGAAUAUGGCUGAUUGCUAGUAACCUCAAUGCCACAUUCCUGAUACUAUAUAAAAUAACUUCAUCUUAUAAGAUUUAUAAUUGCUAAUAUAUAUGAAGUGAUAUUUGUGGCAGCAGUACAGUGCAAAGAAAUACAAAUUCUAUAAUAAAAUAAACUGCAAAAAUAAAAAUAAUGAGGUAGUAUUUAUAGACUAUUCAGAAAUCAAAUGGCAGGGUGGAAGAAGCUGUUCCUAAAUUGUUGGGUGUAGGUCUUCAGGCUCCUGUACCUCCUCCCUCCUGGUAGUAAUAAGUCUGCAUGUACUGGAUGGUGAAGGUCCAAUGGGGAGACCAUGAUUGAUAAAAAUAUUCAAAGAGUUGCUUCCUUCAAUGAGUAGUACCUCAUUUUUAAAAGUUACCUCUAAGACGCUGUCCAGAAGAAAGCAAUGGCAAAUAACUUCUGUAGGAAAAUGUGCCAAGAAAAUUGUGAUCAUAGAAAGGCCAUGAUCUCCCACAUCAUAAAACACAGCACAUAGCAAGCGAAUGAAACUCUAACUCUGAUUCUCCGCUAGGAAAUGUUCCCACAUCACAUUGCCAAGAGCCCUCAGGAUCCUGUAUGUUUAAUCAUUCUGAUCUCCAGCAGAUGCAAGGCUAAUAUGUCCAAUCUUUUCUCAUAUGACAACCUGCCCGUUCCAGAUAAUGGUCUGGUAUACCAUGGAACUCAUGAGACUACCGUGGCCAGUACUGGCUUUCUUGUUUAUAGAAUAAUAUUAAUGCAUUGGAUGCAAAUAUUCUUAACUUUGAUUCCGUAGCCUUGGCAUUGACGUAUAUGACUGAAGCAUAAACUCUCUACCAUUGUAUUAACUUCCACUAGCAAUAAAAAUGUUUCACUCAAUUUGGUGCUGCAGCUGUUAGUGCCUCAGUUGGAUUAACUGCUGAAUGUAGAUUACUCCUUAGAGCAAGUAACAAAUCUCACAACAUAUGCGGGUGAUAUUAAAUCUGAUUCUGAGAUAAGGAACAAAAGAGUCAAGGCAAGCAGAUUGACAUCUAAGGGGAAAUGGGAUUGUGUGCUGGGAAACAAAAAAAAUAGGGCAAGAGUAGGCCAUUUGGUUCAUUGCUCCUACUUUGCCAUUCAAUACAAUCACAGCUCAUCAUCUAUCUCAAGUCAGAACUCCCUUGCCUUGACCCAUUGUUCUAUGUGCCCCAGCCAUGGAAAUAUUCAGCCUGUCUUGUACUGUCAAAAUUAAGUUUGAAACUGUGAAGUAUACCAUAGGGUUCUCUCAUCCAAAUCAUUUUAGUAUCUAAUGAAUAGCUGAGGUCCAAGUUCGGAUUCCUGUGGUUCUCUGCUAGUUACUACUGUUUCCUGUCUGUCAACUAAUUUUCAAUCCAUGAAACUAUUAACCCCCACCCGCCCACAGCCCAUCCCUAUGCAGACUUCAAUUUACAUUUCAACUUGUUAUUUGGGGCUUUAUCAAAAGCUUUCUGAUAAAACAGUGGUUGUCUUUUGUGUAUUGUACUAGUUUCAUACUCAGAAUUGAGUAUCUUUGUUGACACAAUUUUUAUUUCCGAACUCCACGUUGAUUUCCUAAAUGUCCUAUACCAUACUUUAUAAAAGGCAAUCUAAGAGCCAGCAUGGAUCCAGUGGGCUGAAUAGCCUCCUCUUGUAUUAAAAGCAAAUAAACACAUUACUAACCAGAAGACCGACUUAGGCCUGCUGUCUAUGAGCCAGCCAGUCUAUUCAUGCGAAUAUAAGUUUUUAUUUUCAACAAUAAUGUUAUCAAAGCCUUUUGCAAAUUUAAAUAGUUUGCCCAUCCUGAUUAUCCAUAGCAUGUUACUUAAAAGAAUUCCAACAAAUUAGUCAUAUGAUUUUGCCAAAAUACUUUGAAUUUUUCUAAAUGUUUUCCUAUAACAUUUGAAUAGUAAUUUCUAAUAUUUUCUGUAUAUCAGAUAUUAAGUAGCUAGUAGUUUCCUAUUUUCUGGCUCCCUUUUUUGAAAAAGAAAGUUACAUUUGCCAUUAUCCAAUCAGAUGGAACCUUCUCUUAAUCUUGGGAAUUUCAAAGCAUUAAAAUCCAGAUGUCAACUAUAUCAUUAAUUACUUCUCAGAAUCUGAAUCAGGUUUAAUUCCACGGUAUUACAUAUUGUGAAAUGGGUUGUUUUGUGGCAGCAGUACAGGCAUAAAACUACCAUAAAUUACAAAAUAAAUAGUGCAAAAAAAAAGAAUAAUGAUAUAGUGUUCAUGGGUUCAUGGACCGCUCAGUGUGUGUAGGCCUCCAUUAGUCUCGAUAGACCAUGGACCUUGGAAAAAAAACACUCAGUAAUCUGAUGGCAGAGGGGAAGAGUCUGUUCCUGAAUCAUUGAGUGUGAGUCUUCAGUCUCCUGUGCCUCCUACCUCUUUCCUAAUGGUGGUAAUGAGAAGAGGGCAUAUCCCAGAUGGUGAUGGCUUUUAGUGAUGAAUGCAACCUUCUUGAGGCACUGCCUCUUGGUGCUCUCGAUGAUGAGAAUGCUUGUACCAAAGAUGCAGGUGGCUGAGUAUACAGCCCUCUGCAGCUUCUUGUGAUCCUGUGCAUUGGAGCCUCCACACCAGGCUAUGAUACAGCCAGUCAGAAUACUCUCUACCGUACCAUAGAAAUUUGCAAGAGUCUUUGGUGACAUACCAAAUGUCCUCAAACUCCUAACAAAGUAGUACUGCUGGCAUAUCUUCUCAUGAUUGCAUCAAUGUUCUGGGCCCAGGACAGAUCCUCUGAGAUUACACACCCAGAAGUUAAAGCUACUCACCUUUUCCACCACUGACCUCUCAAUGAGAAAUGGUGUAUGUUUCCCCAACUUCUCCCUUCCUGAAGUCCGCAGUUAGUUCUUUGAUCUUGCUGAUAUUACGUGUGAAGUUGUUGCAAUAUCACUCAACCAGCCAAUCUAUUUUGUUCCCUGGAUGUCUCCUCAUUGCUGUCUGAUAUUUUAAAAACAACAGUGGGGUCAUCAGAAAAUUUAUGGAUGCCAUUUCAUCUGCACUUAGCCACACAGAGAGUAGAACAGUGAGCUAAGCACACAUUCUUGAGGUGCAGCAAUGUUGAUUGUUAGUGGGGAGAUGUUAUCACCAAUUUGUGCUGCUUGUGGUUUCACAAUGAGGAAGUUGAGGACCUAGUUGUAGAGGGAGAUAUAGAGGCCCAGGUUCAGAAGCUUGGUGAUUAAUACUGAGAGGAUAAUACCGAGCUAUAAUCGAUAAACAGAGCCUAAUGUAUGCUUUGCUGUUGUCUAGAUGUUCCAGAACAGGGUAGAGAUCCAGUGAGAUUGCAUGUGCAGUAGACCUAUUGUGGUGGUAUGUAUAUUGUAGCAGGUACAUGGCCUUGCUCGUGCAGGAGUUAAUUCUAGGUAUGAUUACAGCCCUUCGUUAUGGUCAGUGUGAGUGUUACUGGGUAAUUGCUGUUGAGGCAACUCAACCUGUUCUUGGGAAUGAUUGCUUUUCAAUCACUUCUUUUAAGAUCCUGGAUUUGAAAUCUAUCAAGACUCCACAACAUGCAGUUUCAAUGUUUUGCCCUCUGCUAUUGCGGCAGUGAUAAUGAUUAUCCCAUGCUCAACUCUUCUCAAUUCCAGCAAUUCGUAGAAUGUAAAUUGUAUCCUCUCAUUCAUCCAUCACCUCAUUGUAUUUCCAGACUCACUUCGUGAUAGCCUAAUACACAAUACAUUAACUUUUCAUUUUAAGUAUCUAUAUACACUUUUAUUUUCUGUUUUUCCAUUAUUGUCCAGUUUUGCCUCAUACUCUUAUUUUUUUCCUUAUUGUAUUUAGUCAUAUUUGUGUAAUUUUUCAUUUUCUGGUGAAUUGGUUUAUCAUUGUCACAUAUACCGAGGUAUACUGGGAAAAACUUAGUGCAUUGAGAAAGUACAAGGGAACAUAACAGAAUGCAGAAUAGGGAGUGUUAUAAAUACAAAGAAUGUGUGAUGCAAGCAGACAAUAAGUUACAUGUCCAUAACAAGGUAGAUUAUGAAGUUAAGAGUCCAUCUUAACAUUUCUUAUAACAGCUGGGUAGAAGCUGUCCUUGCACCUGCUGGUACAUGCUUUCAGGCUUCUGUAUCUUAAAUACAUAGACCAAGACAGCAUUGUACAAGCCCUUCAGCUGUCCGUCUCCUUCCUGUAUUCCAGUUCAUCUUUUUUUUUGAGGUUUGACCACAAUGGUGGUGUCAUCUGUAAAUUUGUACAUGGAGUUAGAACGGAAUCCAGCUACACAGUCAUGGAUGUAUAGGAAGUCAAGUAGGGGACAGCUUUUUGGGACACUACUGUUGAGAAUAUUUUCUAUUUAUUUAGAGGUACAUACAGCAUAGUAACAAGUUCUUCCAGCCUAAUGAGCCCACACCAUCCAUUUACACCCAUGUGGCCAAUUAACCUACUAAUCCUUAUGUCUUUGGAACGUGGGAGGAAACACAUGCAGUCACAGGGAAAACAUAUAAACUCCUUACAGACAGUGGCAGAAUUGACCCUGGGUUACUCACGAUGUAAUAGUGUUAUGUUAACCGCUAUGCUACCGUGUUGACUAUAAUCUGUUAGUCAGGAAAGUCAAUGAUCCAGUUAAAACUAAAGGUGUUGAGUCCUAUGUCUAGUAGUUUGGAAAUAAGUUUGCUUGGAAUCAUAGUAUUAAAGAUGGAGCUGUAAUCAAUAAACAGUGUCUAACAUAGGUGUCUUUACUGUCCAGAUGAUCCAGACAUAAGUACAGUAUAGGGCCAGGGAAAUAGUAUCUGCCAUGGUUUGUUUUUGACAAUAGGCAAAUUACAGUUGGCUGAGGUUGUCUGGGAGGUUGGGCUUAAUGUGUGCCACAACCAACCUCUUAAAGGACUUUGUGAUAAUGGAUGUCCACCACCAGAUGGUAAUUAUUAAGACAGGUUGCUUUAUCUUCUGGAGGUCUACUCUACCUUUGUACUGUCAUUUAUUUUUCUUUAAAUUUAAUUUUCCCAAGAUGAUGCUCUAUUUAGAAUUUCUCUUUGUUAUAUAUCUUGUGUAUUCUGCAGAUCUUCAAUCUCUGAUUCUGCAUCUCAAUCAAUGGAUCACUGAACCUAAUUUGUCUGUUUAUUUGAUAUAAUUCUGCUUUCAUGCCUUCAUAAUUGUCUAAGAUUUUAUAGUGUUCUUUUCAAUAUAUAAUUGAAUUAUAUUUUCCAUCCCGAUGUGCUCUUCUCUAAUCAAAUAAAGAUUCCAACAUCAUAUCUUGGAAGUUAAUAGCCGUUGUUUUAUUUAUUUUAUUAAAUGGGACAAUUUUAGAUGUCUAAUAGUUUUCUGAAUUUCAGCACACCUGCAUCUACGGUGGUACUAGAAAGUAUGUGAACCCUGUAGAGUUUUCUCUAUUUCUGUAUAAUUAUCUCCUAAAAUGUGAUCAGUGCUUCACAUAAGUCCUAAAACU